GGUUGCUUCCGGAAAAGGCAGAGCUUCCGCUUCCGGUGGGGCCGUCCCUGGAGCAGAGAUGGCGGCGACAGCGGCCGAGGUUGCGGCCUCUGGCUCUGGAGCGGCCCGGGAAGAGGCUGAAGCUCCGGGACCCGCCUGGGAUGAGUCCCAGCUACGAAGUUACAGCUUCCCGACCCGGCCCAUCCCACGUCUGAGCCAGAGUGACCCUCGGGCGGAAGAACUCAUCGAAAAUGAGGAGCCUGUGGUGCUGACCGACACGAACCUUGUGUAUCCUGCUCUGAAAUGGGACCUCGAAUACCUGCAAGAGAAUAUUGGCAACGGGGAUUUCUCUGUGUACAGUGCCAGCACCCAUAAGUUCUUAUACUAUGAUGAGAAGAAGAUGGCCAAUUUCCAGAACUUUAAGCCAAGGUCCAACAGGGAGGAAAUUAAAUUUCAUGAGUUUGUCGAGAAACUACAGGAUAUACAGCAACGCGGGGGAGAAGAGCGGUUGUAUCUGCAGCAAACUCUCAAUGACACCGUGGGUAGGAAGAUUGUCAUGGACUUCUUGGGUUUUAACUGGAACUGGAUUAAUAAGCAACAGGGAAAACGUGGCUGGGGGCAGCUGACCUCUAACCUGCUGCUGAUCGGCAUGGAAGGAAAUGUGACACCUGCUCACUAUGAUGAGCAGCAGAACUUCUUUGCCCAGAUAAAGGGCCAUAAGCGAUGCAUCUUAUUUCCUCCGGAUCAGUUUGAGUGCCUCUACCCAUACCCUGUCCAUCAUCCCUGUGACAGGCAGAGCCAGGUGGACUUUGACAAUCCUGACUAUGAGAGUUUCCCCAAUUUCCGAAAUGUGGUCGGUUAUGAAACAGUGGUUGGCCCUGGUGAUGUUCUUUACAUCCCGAUGUACUGGUGGCACCACAUAGAGUCAUUACUAAAUGGAGGGAUUACCAUCACUGUGAACUUCUGGUAUAAGGGUGCUCCCACCCCUAAGAGAAUCGAAUAUCCACUUAAAGCUCAUCAGAAAGUAGCCAUCAUGAGAAACAUCGAGAAGAUGCUUGGAGAGGCCUUGGGGAACCCACAAGAGGUGGGGCCCUUGUUGAACACCAUGAUUAGAGGCCGUUACAACUGACCUGCCAGAGGUCAAGGCCUCCUGCCAGGUGACUGCUAUCCCGUCCACAUGCGUCGUGAUGAGGACGGGGCACUCCAAGCACUAGUAUUGCACGCUGCACUUAAUGGACUGGACUCUUGCCAUGGCCCUGGAGGCAGGUGUCUGGGGCGAGGCAGGGUAGUUGACUCCACUCCUGUUUGGAAAGAUUUCUCACCCUUGCCUCUUGAGCCCCAGAGCCUUCCUUCUUUGCCCCCUAAAGUCCUGCAUUUAGUGUGUGGAGUCCCAGCUUCUGGUUGUCAUCAUGUCUGUGUUAGUUUGUCAACCUCAGGGUGUGUGUACAUAUGCAUGUGUGUGUUCACACACAUGCAUUUAUGUGUUCUUUGUUCUCUCUUCCUGGGUCAGGAUGUCACUUCUGGCUCCUGGCUCCCGAAGCCUCAGUGCCUCAGCAUGAGAGAGGAGAUGCUCCGCCAUCCCCUCGACAUCUGCACUGUGGUGCCAGAACGAGCCUGUGCAGCAGUCUGUCUUCUGCCAGUUUUUGCAGCAUAGUCAGGCUACAGACCAGGUGGCAGUAGUGCUGGGACCCUAGUGGGGACAUUGAGAAGGGGGCUUGUCUUUGGGAGCCUAGAUAGGCUUCUCAUGGGAGAGGAUUAGAUAGGGUUCCAGUUGAGAACUACAAGCUCAAGCCAUACUUAGACGGAAACCUUGGGGACCUAAGAACAGAGAACCGUGCAUAUGUCCCAGGUGCAGACCCAUGCAGCUGUUCUCGUUCAGCACCAGCUCUUGCCCUGUACUAGGCAGUGAGGGAAUGUUAGCUCUGACUUCUUUGGACUCCAGGGGUAUGAACCUCUGCAUGUGUGUGUACACAUCUGCACACUUUGUAUGUGUGUUCACACUUGCCAUCCUUCUUGCUUAACAAGGUUCUUGACUGCUUACGUUGUCCACUGUGACAGUACAGUGUGAACCCCAGACACUGCCUGACUUAGCCUAUAGCUUUUAAACUCGGAUUUUAGCCAUCCUAUCUUGGUCAGAUCUCACUGCAGCCUACCUAAAGCUGACUGGCUCGAGCCUCCAGGUCCUGUGUCUUCCCUGUCCAGGCCACAUCCCCUGCUGCUGCUGAGCUUCCUGGCUGAGUAGAUGAAAUGGGGUCAGACUUAGGCAGCUAACUCAAUACCUUUCUCCACCUCAGGGCAAGGUCAGAAAUGUCCUCUUGCCUCCUAGAGCCAGCGCCUCUGCCAGACCCAACACAGUGUCACACGACAGCUAGAGUAGGACAACUGGCAGAGCAUGGAGAUGGAAUUUACUUUUCUGUUGGUAGUUCUCUAUAGGAACCCUCCUCAGGGCUGCAGCUUGUAGCUGGGCAGCUCCGUGUUACACAACACAGCGCCAUUGCUCACGUCUGUUUAGAGGGAUGGGGCCCCUGCAGUUCGGCAGAAUGGUGGCCCCACAUCCACUUACCUCAAGUCCCUUCUCCAUCAUCCUUUUCCCUAAAAUCUGAGUUGGAAGUCUGAUUUUAUUCCCUUCUUUGCCACUUUUUUUUUAAACCCCACCUCCCCCCAGGUUUGACCUUCAGUGUGAGCUGUGGCUCUUAGCUCUGAAGCUCAGCUUACAGUGCCCCAUGGACUGAGAACAUGCAUGCGAAUGUGUGUGCACACGUGUGUAUUUCUGGGGCCUCUGAUGCAAUGUGAGUGUAAAGACCUGGUGCCUCCUCAAGUCAGCCAAUGCUGGGCAAUGUGAUUGCAAUAAACUCAUGCUGCCAUCUCUUUCGGGAAAGAGGAGUGCAACAAGAGAGUAGCAUCAGUUUGGCCACCAUAGCAGAUUUUCAUUCUCAGCAGAUCUGUGUUCCUGGCUCUGCCCUCAGAGGUGUCUGGGACGUGUAGCAGGGACUCUGGGUCUGCUAGGUUGAUCCGGUAGGAGACUGUGCCUCACACAAGUCUGAACUAAGAUGGCUAGGAGCAAGGAGAGAAAAGGUGAACUUUGGGAUCAUUGCAGGAUUGGUCUGAUGCUGGUGAAAUGUAAUAGCUAUUCCUGGUUUUAGACACCUGAUGUGUGCCUAUUGCUUUUAGCUCUAUCCCUCACAACGCUGAAUAGUAGCUUCUCACUUUACAGAUGAAAAAAUGCCUCAGAGAGUGAAGAGUGGUAGUCAAGACCAUCUUAAUGCUGUUUAGCUAUAAACCCCCCUCAACCCCUGCUCCUCCUUCAUUUCUUCCAAAUUGUUGGUUCUUUACCUUGCUUCCGGCCUCAUUCCCUAGGCAGAGUACAAGCAUGCUCAGGCAAGGGUGUGGAAGGGUGAAAGCAUUUGGAGGUUCAGCUAGAGACAUGGAAGCGCUGCCUGGAAAGCCGUCUUACCAAGUGAAGGGUGCGAGGAACAACUGCAGGAGUGGGCUCUAGCGGUGCUGGGAAGAGGGUACUGUGCACCCUCGAGUGUAGGUCUCCUGGCUCCUCUCAGCAUGCCUGUGCCUCUAGAUCACUCGACUCAUGUUCUGCUGUGUCACUUCCUCUUAGGGAUGAGAAGCUUCUUCCGUCGCCUAGGUUAGCGCUGGCUGUUUAGGCUUGAAUUGUACUUGCAACAGAGGAAGUGUUGCUGCUACAGUGUUUGCCCACUCUAGCCAGCAGCAUGGAUGUCAAAUGUGCCAAGUUAGGUGGAGACUUGGGCUUGUCUAGGGUCAGACAUGUUGCAAGUUCUCAUUUUCACCCCAGCAGUACAGUGAAAACUACUGUUUUGUGAAGUCAAAUAUUUGCUGGGGGGGUUGGAGUUACAGGGUGGAGGAGGGGCUGUUCUGGGCAUCAGUUGAGCAGAUGCCCAGGAUGCCUGGGGGAGACCAGCUUCCCCUACAAAUCAGAGCUCUAAAUUACAAGGUUUUUACCAACGAGAACAGUUGGGGGAAGUCGUCUGCUCUCAUUUGCGUAAUGGUUUCUGUCACUGGUGAUUAGACACAGGAUGAAGGAAAAGAAAUUUGACAAUUAGGAAUGAGCCAUCAUUAAUCUGAAUCUGUUAGGAGACAGAGAGGGGAAGGAUCUUUUUUAGUGGGCCAACCCAGUAUAGGGAGACACUCCCUAUCUCUGACCCCAGCAUUCUGGGCCAGGUACCCUGUUGGGGUUCCCACCAGUGUGGGCGGAGCUUACAUGCCUUCACAUACUGAGUCCAAUCCCGGCUUGAGGUGGGUUUAGAAACAGAUAACUUUCUGCAUGAGGCAAGGAAGUUAAAGAUAUAUGAGUAAGUAUUAAGUACAAGCCCUAGAGCAAAGAAUAACAAUAGGAUAGUUUUGAUGUGUGCUUACUGUUACCAGAAUGUCACUCACAGUCAACACUGUUGAUCUCCCACCUGUGACAAGUAUUUUGUCACUUUCCAGCACUUGAGGUUGUGCAGGAAACCUGAUCUUUAUCAAACCCCAGGAACUGAUGGAAGUUGGACAGGAAACCAUAUGAAAGUAGCAGAGCCCAGAUGUAUGCAGGUGUGAGGAGAAGUGGGGCACAGCAUGCUGGGAGAAGAGACUCGAGCCUCUCAGCAUUGACGUCCUCUGGAUCAGUGAGCCAUGCUGUGGGGAACAGCGAGGUUCCCGGCUCAGGCUAGUGACCCAGUCGUGUGGCUAACUUAAUAAGGUGUGGAGAAUUCAGCUUAGAUCUUCCAGUGUCUGAGAUUUACCUCACCACUCACGCUCUGUCCCUUCAAAUGCCUAAGACAAUAUUAAUCUGCACCAAGUUGUCGUUCUCACCAUUAGGUGUUCCUCAGAUCCUAGGUCCUUGGGGGCUUGGGAUUGGUUUUUCUGUCUCCUAUAAAGUGAACUUCUCAGGGAUGGUGCUGUCUCACUCCUUGAUAAGUUCCUACCUCUGUUGUCUUUCAUCCUUCAAAGCUUGGUGCAGAAUUUAGCAAGGGCUACCAGCAGUGAUCCUCUGACCAGUUAUACCUAGAUGGGCAGGCGUGGGGAUGGAUAGAAGUAGUUAAUGGGUUCUAGGGGCCCAAGUCUUUCCAGUUCCUAUUUCACUUGAUGUCCUCUUAAACCACUUUGAAGUAGAUCUUUUGAGCUUUCUCUUACUGAGGCUCUCAGUGGCCUCUUUACCAAGGCUUUCUUCAAAGAAGCUCUCUGGCUCCAAGUGCUGGACAGCUUGGUUCUAGGGUCCUUUUCCACUUUUGACCUCAGGUUGCUCUGUUCCUGGUUAGUCCCUGUAUUCUGUCUGCUCUGUCCUCUUUCAAUCCUUUGUCUUUACUUGCUGGCUGAGCUAGUCUCACUCUGGUGGUCCUUUCUGCUUCUCCUUCGGCUAGCUCUGUUUAUUAUUGAUCCCUAGGGCCCUGACUGGAGCCCUGCUGAGCACUUCUGGGGAGAGGGGGAGUUCCUGGAGGAACAAAGGCUCAGAAACUUGUCCUCAAGGCCCUUGGGCCUGUGAUUAAUGAUGCCUUGGAGACAAUCGGGGAAGGACCUAGAGAGUUGAGGGACUUGGUGAGGAGACUGCAAGAAAGAGUCCUGGCUUGGGAAACCAGGAUGGAAGGUGUGAACUUGGUGUUUCCAUCUGAAUGUGCCCUUGUGCCUUAGGGUCCAGCAGUUCAGGGAUGAGGGACAUUUUCUGAUGUCUCCUAACUUCUCUCAGGUCUUUGGCUCAGUGUCACCAUGUUUGACAGACCCCUUCAUUCCUGAGCUCGCUAGAGGAGAAGCAGCAUAUUGAAGUAGACUGGUGUCAGAGUGGAGGCCUCUCAUGAGAAAGGCUGGAAUGGUAGUGAAUGAGAAAGGGGCUCAGUUGUCAGCUUAUCACCGGAUGACUCCAUUCCUCCAAGAGCAUAAGUGUAAGAACUGAUUCAAGAAGUCAGCUUAAAACUGCCCAUCCUCCAUACCUAAAAUCUGCUCUCAUUUUGGGAAGGAAUGUGUGUCCCUAACUUCAUGCAGAAACAGUCUAGUGUCUAAAAGCAUGUCUUUGGGGUCCGAUCCCUUCAGUACAUCUUUAGCUUGCUACGUACCAGCUGGGUUUGACCUUGGUUGAUUGAUUUAACCUGAGUCUCAGUUUCCUUUACUAUAAUGACUUGUGGGGGUGGGGGUUUGAAAAUAUCUACCUCAGGGUUGCUGGAUUAACUGAAAUAAUGUCUGUAAAGCUUUAGCACAGUGCCUGGCAAGCACUUAAUAAAUGGCUGUGGUGGUGGUUUA